AUGUACCGAACAGCCCCUGACAGGAGUGCAUGCCCAAAGGCAAAGCCAGGAACCCGAAGAAGCUCUGAUGAGUUCCCGUCUCCCGAGGAGCUGGCGAAAGGCGGCAUUCGCUUCCGCGACCUGCAUCCUUUGCCGGUUUCAGGGGCAGCCGCGCGCCCGGCCACUGCGGCCACCCGAGCCGCCCUCCGACCCACCCCCCGACCCACCCCUGCUCGCGCAACCUCCAAGCCUACUGCUGGUGCCCGCGGGGGCCGGCUGAUCGCCACCUCUACCUGGAUUCAGAUGCCCAAGAGCCAAAGGACGCGUGAGCCGAAGGCCCCACAGGCCCCACAGGCCCCACAGGCCCCACAGGCCCCACAGGCCCCAAAGGCCCCAAAGGCCCCAAAGGCCCCGAAGGCAAAGGCCAAACCUGAGAGCAAGGCUGGGGAUUUCCGAGAGCAA